UCGCGCUCUGAAUUCUGGGUAAGAUUAGACAUGUCAGCGCCCUGUCCCCAUCCGGAGCACAACCUUACCUCAAUGAGAUAACCGCUGGUUUCGAACCGUAAACCCGGAUCUCCUGCUUCUGAACUCUGGACAUUCUCAUUUUGCGAAGAUGUCGGAAAACACGCAGCAAGAGCGCGUGGCGGGAAACACGCGCAGCAGAUCAGUGGUCGCGGAGAUGCUGGCGAAGAAUUUCGAGAGGCUGCCGGACUCCGACAAGAAGCUCUUCCUGUACGGACCCCUGUACCUGGGGGGGAACGGGGCUCUCGCAGGGCUGGUCGCCAACAGCCUUUACCGCAGAGCCCUGCACGUCGCACAGGCGCCGGUCACCUCCGGCCUACCGAUGGCGGUGCUGCCCUUCAUGACAACGGUGGCCCUGUACAACGCGGCGGUGUCUGGUCCCCUCCUGUCCGGCGACCUCAACUGUCCCAGCUGCGCCCUGAUCCGGGGAGCCCUGGUCGGCCUGGUCGGUGCCGGCGUGUACCCCAUCCUCCUGGCCGUACCCGUCAACUUCGGCCUCGCCACCAGGUACAACACGGCGCCCAUGCCGGAAAAGGGCAAUAUGCUCCGGUACGUGGUGGACCUGUCCCGGCCGAUCCUGAGGAGGAUGAGGGCGGUGCUGGUGCUGCAGGUCUUCUUCGGCACGUACCUGAGCUCCAGGCAUUUUGACACGUACACCAAACUGGCCCAGAUCACAUUUGGUUCAGGUGGAGAGGAACUUAAAGACUGAGACUUACUGAGCUCAACCUCCAGAGAUACAUGAGCCUCUCCAUUGAUUCACUCACUGACAGUUGUUCUGCCAGGAAUCAAAUCAAGUGUGGACUUUCUAGUGCUGCUUGUAUGUAAAAACAAUAAAUUAACUGUUCAAACUCA